AUGUCGGAAACAUCGAGCGAAGCAAUGGAAAAUGCGGCUGCGCCGGUGAAAUUAAUGGAUAGAAACGCCUACUAUCGUUCUCCUCGUAGUGCGAAUCCUUGGCCAUCGCCCAUGAGUCACAACACCGGAACGAUCGGGAACACUGGAGGAUCGUCGGAACCAGUGAAAAAGUAUGGUGGCGGAUUCGGAGUCGCUAAAGUCGAUGGUCAAAGCACUACUGCACGAGCAGGCGGAGCAACGGAAACAAUCUCAAAUUUCGAUGAUUUUUCGGGAUUUACAUUUCGUAAAGAUACAUCGGCCAGAUCAGGAUUCGGCGGUAGUUUCGGAGGUACUGCUUUACCUCGUAUCAUGUCUGUGGAUUUGAAUAUGGCUAAGGAUCGAUCUGUGCCGCCGUCUCCGCCAGAUGUCACUCUGCUCGCCAAUGUCCCUCGUCGUGGUGGAUUCGGUGUCGCAGGUUCUCCUCGAAGCGAUGGAAUAUCACCGACGAAGAGACCACGUUCUGGUCGUCGUACCGGUCGACGCGGACGCAGUGGUCCUGGACAUUGCUUUCAUUGUCAAGAGCAUGGGCACAUAUCACGAUUGUGUCCAAAGAAAGCUGCAGAAACUGACGAGUUUGAUGAGAGCGAAGCGGUUCAGCUUCUUGACAAUGAUUCUACGAAGAAAAAUGCCUCGCCGGCGGGACGAGACGGAUUGUAUCAAAACGCGAAGCUAGAAAAUCAAAAGGCGCGCGAGUCAUAUUACGGAGGGUACAAUUACGGAAACAACAAAAGCAGUGUCCCAAUGAAGAGUGCAGUAGUUGGAACCGGAAGAAGUGUAGGAGAAUCUUCUGUCCCACCGUCCGAAGUAGACAAAUUCUCGGAGCAAUUAGACAAUGCAUUGAAUCUUCAUACAAAGACGAUUACUCUACAGCCACGUGGAAGUAGCGCAUCCAGUGUUGCAACAAAAGCCCCAAGCGCGAGAAUCACUCCAAAUAAAGCACCAGUGGCACCAGUCACGUCCUCUGAUGUUGGAAGCAGAGACGAAACCAAAGAGACAACGAUUGACACGCUGACAAUUGAGACACGUCGAACUGUGAAGCGUGAAGGAGAUAUUCACUUCGAAGAGACCACCACCAUCUGUUUUCCACGUGUUCUCCCGUCAAACGUGCGCAUCAUCAAUGCUCAGAUUAUGCCCGUCUCACAAUGA